AUGGCCUCGGCGUUUCAUCGUUGUCAGUUUUGUGGCUACGAGACGGAUCUGUCAAACAACAUUGCUGUGUUUGAGGAGAACCCCCACUGCAGACAGUGCGGUCUAUCAGCCUCGGAGAGCGACACCAAAAUGCAGGAAGAUUUGAUCAACCUGAUGACGAGAAAUCUUCAGCUCAAUCCCAUCCAGCACCAGCACGAUAUGUCGAUGCCUCCAACGCCUCAGGUUGUCCCUCAGGCAUCACCAAUUACCUACAUUACUCAGCACUAUCACCAUUCUGCACAUCAGGUACAGUCGGACGAUCUCCCCGUCUCCUCAAUUAUUGAGCAGGCUGGAAUCAAUGCUUCGGCUUUGUUUCCGUCACAGUUGCAGUUGUUCAAACAUGCAGAUUCCGAACAGAGGUCCAGAUUGAUACAGCUGUGGCAAAUAGCCCCCCCGGGUUAUGGGAAUCAAAUGCACCCUGAUGCCCUGGGAAAUUGGCCACAGACGAGCAUGGAGAGGGAGGAAGAAGCCGCGCGAUACAGACUCGAGGUGGCAGAACAAGACAAGAUGAAGAAUCUGUGGGGUUUACCAGACGCCGAAGCUCGAAACGCCGAGCCUUACAUGACUCAUGGCUAUGCCACCGACGACGCGAACAGAGCCGAAGCAUCUACUACAGCUGCGAAGGAUGCAGAGUAUAGGCACUCGAAUGAUCCCGCCUACGAUAGUCGAGAAUGGUGGCACCUGUCCGACGGAGAACCAAUGGAGCACCAGUAUGGGAUGCUUCAACAAAUGUGGGGAUAUGGAUUCAACAAUUCAGCUACGAAGAAUGGUGGUGGUGACGCCGACAUGUCUUGA